CUUAAUACUUCUUGAUUUAUUUUAUAUACACACACAUUAUACAUUUAUCUAUAGAAAUAUCUGUAGAUUUUCAUAUAAUUAUAAUUAUUAAUUUUUUUUAUAUAUAAAAAAGAAAAACAUUCACACUUAUACUCUUAAUACUGACUAUGAUUCCUACUAUCAAUUCACAAUCUCAAAACCAAGAGAUCUAUCCUGGACGCGUCCAUAAUGUCUUGUCAAGAAUGCUCACUGGUCUCAGGGAUAGAUGGAAGAAUUCACUUGUCAUUGAAAACCAACUUCCAUUAUUUGCAUCGGUGUUUGUUGAUGUAACUGAGCCCAUAGAGAAUCCUGAGCCUUUUUCAUUUAAAAGCCAUUCAUUUAUCGGAGACAACAUGCUUAAAUCAGCGGUAUCGUUGUAUCUUUCAAGGAAAUACUCUUGGGCAGACCAUGCAGACCUGGAGAGAAUGUUGAUUGUGAUUUUUACAAACUCAAAAUUUCAAAAUUUAAUCGGAAACAAGUUCAAGCUCGAUGAAUUUUGCGACGACACCGACCAACGACAAAGUGUCCCAGACAUAGUCAACGGCUUUGUCGGUGUACUUUACUUGCACCAUGGAAUCCCCACUCUCGAGAAUUGGAUCACACCCUUCCUUGAUUUGCUCUGUCCCUCCCUGCUGAAGCCUCUUCCGAAAGUGCUGUACAACAAGCUAUUCGGAUUGACCAACAAAGAAACAGAAAGGAUCGUUGCUCAGUCGGCAUAUGUCCAGUUCACAGCCUAUGUCCAGCGUGGAAAGGGCGAAAUUGUAAUAAACGAAAGUACAGAUCCACUACUUGGACAAUCACUUGAAUGGGGAACCGACGUGUUGUACAAGCUGAAUCCUACAUCGGAAUGGUACAUCCAUUCUCGUCAGGCAACCAACAAAAAGAGGGCGCGCGAUCUGGCAAUGCAAGACAUCCUAUCUUUCUACAAAUCAAAUCCCAACCUGGCACACAUCCAUCAACUACCCUCUGUUAACUCUGAUCGGUCUACUCCCAACCAGCUGAAUAUCUCACCCGAUGACUACACUGAAGACUUUGAAUCCAAUUUCUUGGCGCUCUCGACCCCGCCACCUGUCAAGCGAGACGUUCGACAGGUCGAUUCUCUGAGACACAAGAACCGAACGUUCCUAGAAGCAGAUGUAGAUGAAGACGCGAUGAUGAUUGCAUUGAUGGGCGAUGUUUCAAUGGCUGAGAUUAAGCAAGAGCCGGGAUGUGAAAAUACUAAUAUUUCUAAAAACGGUGUGCACAAGAGCAAGAAACAGAAAACCAAAGUAUCACUACUUGGAGGCUCAGCCAGCCCAGAUUCGAUCCGCCCACCACCAGUCUAUGAACCAGCUGAUCUAGAGGCAAUAAAACAGAUCCUGUACCAAAGCCAGAAGCUAGAGUCAAUAUUGAGAGAACAGAGUCGAUACGGACACCCUAAAUCACACAUUCAACAAAUCAAGAAUUUCUAUGGCUAUAAUAUCGACAUUUCAUACGAAAAAUCUGGGCCCUUGCAUGGGCCUGUAUUUGAUGCCACAUGUCGGUUCAAAUUCCAGGGUUUCACCAUCAUUACUAACGGAAGAGCAUCAAAAAAGAGCGAGGCAGAAAUGCAGGCGUAUGGCGAUUUACUUGUGCUCCUGAGAGAAUAAAUAAUAACAAUACGAAUAUUCAAAGGCAAAAAGACAAAAGAUAAUAUAUAAUAUAAAUAAAUGGAAGAAGAAAAGAAGAACAAAAAAGGCAAACAUUAGCAUCUGUAAUAUUUUUUUUAAAAAAAAAUUAAUAAUAAAUAUAUAUAUGAAUUCAAAUUCAAGUUACUAUAUC